AUAUCUAGACUGGACCUGGCAACCCUGAAUAUCGACCUCAUUACGUUAGUCCACGAUUGCGCAUUGACAAUUUACCGCUGAUGCAAGAAGUGUCUGCGAAUUGAAGUGAGACUGGUCGGGGGAUCAAAAAAAACUUCCUAGAUCGUUCUUGUUCUUUCCGCAAACAUGUCAGGAGACGAAAUGAUAUUCGACCCCAACAUGACCAAGAAGAAGAAGAAGAAGAAGAAGCCUUUCAUGCUGGAAGAAGAAGGUGGAGACGGAGUGGCAGAGGACACACAGCAGGUAGAGGCCAAGGAGGUGGAACCUGACGGUGGGGAGGACAGAGAGUUCGACCUGGACGAGGACGAGGGAAGGAAGAAAGAGCAAUCCGACGAUCUUGAUGACCUGAACUUUUUCAACCAGAAGAAAAAGAAGAAGAAGCCCAAGAAAGGGUUUGAUAAUGACAUUGAGGAGGGGAUAAAGGAGCUGAAAAUUGAAGAAGAGCCGAGCGAAGCAGCGGAAGAGGACGACUUGGAUCUUCAGUUGCCAGCAAAGAAAAAAAAGUCCAAGAAGGUUGACUUCCAGGAGGAAGGAGAGAUACUUGAGAAGGACGAUGGCCUCGAGGACGUUGAGGGGGGAAAAAAUGAUGGCAUCUCAUUCAGCUCCCAGUCUGGUCCGGCGUGGUUAGGGACAGACAGAGACUACACAUAUGAUGAGCUGCUGAACCGUGUCUUCAACAUCAUGCGGGAGAAGAACCCUGACAUGGUGGCCGGAGAGAAGAGAAAGUUUAUUAUGAAGCCCCCUCAGGUGGUCCGAGUGGGCACCAAGAAGACCUCGUUUGUCAACUUCACUGAUAUCUGUAAACUGUUGCAUCGUCAGCCAAAACAUCUUCUGGCAUUUUUAUUGGCUGAGCUGGGGACAAGUGGCUCCAUAGAUGGAAAUAAUCAGCUUGUGAUCAAAGGAAGAUUUCAACAGAAACAGAUUGAAAAUGUCUUGAGAAGAUAUAUUAAGGAAUAUGUGACCUGUCACACGUGUCGCUCCCCUGACACCAUCCUACAAAAGGACACCCGUCUCUACUUCCUCCAGUGUGAGACCUGCCACUCACGCUGCUCCGUGGCCAGCAUCAAGACUGGCUUCCAGGCUGUCACGGGCAAGAGGGCACAGCUCCGUGCCAAAGCCAACUAAGGCCAACCACACCCUGGCUUCUCCCUCUCUGACCCGCCAGAGCUUUGGAUCCUCUUGAUAACUGGACUUUUGUUUGGAGUCCGAGAGGGUUUGUUGUUGUCGCUGCAUUAUGUGAGAGAGAAACGCUACAAGCUCUGAGGCUCAAAGGUCUGGCAGGUCAUAAGGAGCAGUGCGCAGAUGCAUAAGGUUUCACAGGCAAACCCCCAGUUUUCUCUUUUCUCAGCUGUGGGCAGAUUCUUUCAGAGCUUCUCUAUUCCCUCCAAGUGUGUCUUCUUCCCACAUUUCUUCAAUCGUAUGUAGCCCACAUAUCGGAUCAUAAAGACAAAGCUGUUAUGACAAAGUAAUUGAUAUUGGCUUUCCUUUGGUUGAAGCAUAGUGGGUGUGUAAACAAACAUUUUAAAGAUGCAUUCCAAGAGCUAGGUUUCAGUAUCAUGUAUGUACCCUUUUGCACUGCCGAGCCAUACUGUACGGGCCUGGUUACGCAUCCACCACAGCUUCAUGAACUGUGCUUGCUUCAAGGCAGUAGAGUUUCAGCAGGAUAUUGUUAAAGGGUUACGGAGAGUCGGUUUUUCAGCUUGUAUACCCUCCUCUACUGCUUUUACGGGCUUAUCUGAGAUCUGUAUACUAUCAUAGCAGACUGUCAGUGGGUGGAAGUAGCUGGGUGUCCUCCAGUAAGAGUACAUGAAUUACUUUCAAACUGAGACUACAGAAUAUGUGGGACAAACGACAAUGACAUCUAUUUAUUGUGUGUGUGUGUGUGUGUGUGUGUGUGUGUGUGUGUGUGUGUGUGUGUGUGUGUGUGUGUGUGUGUGUGUGUGUGUGUGUGUGCUUUUAUGGCAAUUACAAGAUUUUAACUUUGACUUCCGAUCCUCGACACUUAGGAAAAACAUUCUUCUGCGUGGUCACCUGGUAUUAAGAAGAUUGUUGAUUUCAAAUAGCAAACAAGAAUCUUACGAGGUAUUCACAUGGUAUCAAAUAUACUCCGGAUUUGUUCAGAAAGCAUAUACAAAGUCUCUUUCAAAUUGUUUUCAACCUGAUUUUUUAAAACCUGAUAUUUAACGUUCUCCCAUCACUUUUUUUUAAGACCGCAUGUUGUCGGUUGCCUUAUUGAUUUUCUUGACUAGGUAACACCCAGAGAAAUGUUUAUAAUGCAACUUAUCAUUGAAAGGGAGCGAAACUUGUUUUUAUAUGAAAACGGGUGGAAUUAGAACAAAUUAAUUCUAGGUCAUCAUAGAAUUUAGAUCAAAAUACGUUUUACAUGUAAACAUUUUUUCAUUGUGAGGUGUGAUUGUCUGAACAGCGCGACUGCAAUGAAGACUACCUGGAACGCAACCUAAAUUGCCGACGCAUGUGCAGUGAAUGCACUUCCUAUUCCGCUCAACGCGCUCCGUUUUCUUCUUUAACCAAGCUUAUUUUCAACGUAAAAAAAGUAACCGCGUGUUGGCUCAAGACAAUCCGACGUCAUGAGCUUGUUUGGGACCAGCACUGGGUUUGGCGCAGGGGGAUUCGGAGCGGCAACCACGGACACACACAACCCAAUGAAGGAUGUGGAAGUAACCUCACCCCCAGAUGACAGCAUCAGUUGCUUGGCGUUUAGUCCCCCUGCCAUGCCAGGGAACUUCUUGAUAGGGGGGUCCUGGGCCAAUGAUGUGAGGUGUUGGGAGGUACAGGACAAUGGGCAGACAGUCCCCAAAGCCCAGCAAAUGCACACAGGUCCAGUCCUUGAUGUCUGCUGGAGCGAAGAUGGAAGCAAAGUUUUCACUGCAUCUUGUGAUAAGACUGCCAAAAUGUGGGAUCUCAACAGCAACCAGGCAAUACAGAUCGCACAGCAUGAUGCUCCUAUCAGAACAGUCCACUGGAUCAAAGCCCCCAACUACAACUGCAUCAUGACAGGCAGCUGGGACAAAACUCUGAAGGUAAGAAAAUGUAUUGUGAUUGGAAACAAUCCUUGUUCCAAAAUGACUAUCUGUUUUAUAUCAUAGUUAUUAUGUAGUGAUACAGGGCAUAAAAUAAAUAGAGCCAAACAGUCCUUUGUCCCAGUGGCAGUAAGGCUCCUGAAUGAUGGUCUGGCCUACAGUUGAUGUUGACGUUGUACUGAUGUGUAUAUUGUGUACAUUAAAAAAAUUAUGAAACACCCAUAAAUUGCACUUUUUCUAUUCUCAUUGUAUUUGUCUGUUUUUGUAUUUAUGCCCAUUGUAUGCUUUAUGAUGUGUUUUAAAGUACACAGUGCCACAAACAAAAUGUCCCUGUGAGGAUAAUAAUGUCAUUAUCUUACUCACUAUAAUGGUUUGCUCACCUGUGUUUGAUUUGCUCUUGUAGUUCUGGGACACCCGUUCGCCCAACCCAAUGAUGUCCCUGCAGCUGCCGGAGAGGUGCUACUGUGCAGACGUGGUGUAUCCCAUGGCAGUGGUAGCAUCGGCAGAGCGAGGUUUGAUUGUAUAUCAGCUUGAGAACCAGCCGUCCGAGUUCAGGAGGAUAGACUCACCACUCAAACACCAGCACCGCUGCAUAGCCAUCUUUAAGGACAAACAGAACAAGCCUGCUGGAUUUGCUCUUGGGAGCAUUGAAGGGCGGGUCGCCAUUCACUACAUCAACCCUCCUAACCCAGCCAAGGAUAACUUCACCUUCAAGUGCCACAGGUCGAAUGGAACCAACACAACCACACCACAAGACAUCUAUGCUGUGAGUGCAGCUUGUGCUCUCUCCACCCUGCUUUCAUAUUAGUUUGGCUGCAGUCAGUAGGAAGCGAAAGAUGUUGGUGUUUUUUAAUGCAAAAAGCUUGCUGUUUCUGAUCAAACAGGUGAAUGCCAUCUCCUUCCACCCUGUCCACGGUACACUGGCGACUGUUGGGUCUGACGGUCGCUUUAGCUUCUGGGAUAAAGACGCUCGCACCAAGCUGAAGACCUCGGAGCAGCUGGACCAGCCAAUCACAGCUUGCUCGUUCAACAACAAUGGCAACAUCUUUGCCUACGCCUCUAGCUAUGACUGGUCAAAGGGGCAUGAGUACUACAACCCUCAGAAAAAGAACUACAUCUUCCUGCGUAAUGCUACUGAGGAGCUGAAACCUCGGAAUAAGAAAUGAUCUGUCCUGUCUCUCCUGUUGUUUGCAAAAUGGAGGUUUGUCAAACGCACACGUGAUGCCUGCACGACUCUGUUCCUAUCCUGUGCCAACACCAAUGGUGGAGCUGCUGCUUGCAAAAGGACCAAUCACUGGAGGUCUUUCAUCUUCUUGGCAUUGGCCUGGACCUCUGUCCCAGCCACAUGCAUCCAAAUAGGGGUUGGAGAGUGAGGAGAUGAUAUUGUUUUGUAAUAUCUGAUAUUUUAUUUUCUAUUGUCAGUAGCUAGGUUUCCAUCGAAUUGCUGACAGAUUUUUCAUGUGAAUGUUCUUAAAUCUGCUGAAACAAAAUCUGAAAACAAUGUGUGCAUUUUUCCACCAGAGAUGUUUCCAUCCAAUUGAUUUGUUGUGGGUAGAAAGAUGUGCUUGAUGGCAUAGUGCACAUACAAAUAACGUUUGUGGUUAAAUUCCCAUGUACCAAAUAAAAAUUACAAA